AAAUUGUAAAUACAUGUGUGUGAAAUUGUAUUCGUGUGUGUAAACUACAGAUGCGUCAGGCGUCAUUAGUUCUUUUGUUUUGGCUUCGCUUACAUUUCACUGUAUCAGAGAAUUGAUAAAAUUCUGAUCUCAAGCAAAAAUCGAAAUUUAUAGAGUUGAACUCUAUAGUAAAAAAUUACAAUGGAAAGCGACGCAAGACCACCGCAAAAAUUGGCAAAUCCAAAUGGUUGGAAUCGUUUUAAAAAAGACUUCGAGAUUUACAUGAAAAUUACUAAUGGCUUUGAAAAAUCCGAAGAUAUACAAGUUGCGUGGCUAUUGAAUUUCAUUGGGCCAGUUGGAUUAAAAGCCCUGGAAAAAAUUGUCUUCAAUGAUCCUGAGGAUGAAAAAAAAUUAACAAUUGUUCUUGAAAAAUUGGAUAUAUUUUUCAGUCCUACAAAAAAUGAGAUUGAAGAGAGGUACAAAUUUUUUUCAAAAUCAAAAAAAGGCAACGAGUCGAUCGACAUAUUCAUUCGUGAUUUAAUGGAAAUGGCGAAAUACUGUAACUUUGGGGAGCAAGAAGAGAAUUUAAUUCGCGACGUCGUGCUUAUGAAUAUAAAGGAAAAGCAUCUACGAGAACUUAUAUUUUCCGAGAAUGAUUUAAACUUGGAAAAAUUAAAAAUGAUUAUCAAAACCUACGAGAUUAAUUCGAAAAAAAUCGAACAAGUAUCAAAAGAAUUAAUGUCACAAAAAACGGAAAGUGAAAAUAAAUCUUUGAAUUCUUCAGCGCCAAAAAGACCUCAGUCAGCGUCAAGAAGACCUCGAUCAACAUCGAGAAAACCAUCGUCGUCUAGAAAUGAUUCUCAAAGAGAAUUUACAAAAGGAUGUUGGAAAUGUGGAAAAUGUCAUCCACUGGGACGUUGUCCGGCUUUUAAAGCCCAAUGUGUGUAUUGUAAUCGACCAAAUCAUUUCUCGCACUGCUGUCCAAUAGCUAAAUUGGAAGAAGUUAAAGUUACACCUAAGAAUCUGACCGAAGAAGGGGAAAAGAUAAAAAAUCAAGAAUUCGAGAUUAUCGAAUUGAAAAAUCAGAAGAAAAUGGAGAAUAAAUUUUCCAACAGCAGCAAGAGUGAUGGGAAGAAAGCAUUUUCUCAUCGAAAAAAGAAAAAUUCUGAAGCAAAGAAUUCUGACGUAAAACCAUCAGCCCCAAUUUUACCAUUAAUGGAUUUAACAUUUGAGGAAUUUCCACCUACAUACAAUUCAUUGUAUCCAAAUUUAUCGCAAGAAUCAGAAGAGACGACUGCCAGUCAUCAAAAUAAAUCGGAACAAAUUAAUAAGCCACAGAAUCACGAUUCUCGUCAAAAGGAAAAGUCGAGGGAAAAAGACAAUCAAGAAUGUGUUAUUCAAUAAGUGAUAGUAUUUUUUUUUGACACACAUGGUACAAAAUAUCUAGAUUUAAAAAUUUUUUAUUCACAACGAUAUUUGAGUAUUAUUAUUAUUAUUAUUCGUCGAUAAUUAUUAUUCGAUU